UGUAAUACUUUUUUAAAGGUUUAGGGUUCUUGCCAGCUAUGGCGAGCGCGGGCGACGCAGCGCAGGGCAUCCUCGCGGCGCUGGACAGCGGCAUGAACCGGGCGUGGCGGGAGGAGGACGCGGCCUGGCGGGCGCACAUUCACGAGGCGCGAUCGCAGGAUGUGGAGUGGAUGCGUGUGGAGCGCCGAGUGAGGAAGGACGACGCCGAAUUGCGCGCGAGCAAGCGGUGGUGGAGGCAGGAGAAUCUGGAGUAUAGGAAUUUGGAGAAUGCGCGCUGCCUUUGGCUAAGAUUUGUGGAGAGGAAUCGUCGAGAUGUGGAAGAGAAAUCGGAGCUUCUCAAGGCAGUGUCAAACUUGUCAGCGCUCUUUGCAGGCUUCGCUAUCGUCACGCUUACGCAGUUCCAACCACAAAUGAAGUUUUCAAAGGCCUUGUUUGGAGUGUAUGGAGUCCUCACGGCUGUUGUGGAAGGGUUGAUGAUCAUGUCAAUGGUUACCUGUACGCUUAUUCUAGGAAGCAUUCUCAAGAUUGGCAGAACUUAUGUCAACGAAGAAGCCGAGGAGGAAUUCAUCUUUAGCUGCUUAGACUUUUGUCGAAACUACAAUCCAGGUGAUCAUCCUCCUGCGCCCAGGAGAACUCUGGAAGCCUUUUGGUAUUGCAGAUGUGAGACUACCUGGCAGCAAGCUUUCCAUUCCUUUUCUUUCGGUGUUUCUCUCUUCCUCCUGAGCAUGAUCGUCAUCGGAUGGAUCAAGUACUCUGGAGAAUCCCAAGUCACAGCGAUACUCUUCAUCUCCCUCUGUGCGAUCGCCAUCGUCUUGUGGUUCAUAGUACAGUACGCAUGGGGAGAAUACUUUAGAAGGCGAAAAAUCACGCAUGCCUCUUACAACACUUCCUCCGAGGAGAAAGGCCUUCCUUACGCGUGGUAUCUCGCACCGAUUUUCGAUGAGAGCCAGGCAACUAUGGCAUGAUUUUACGGAGGAAGCAUGCAAAGUCUGGUAAAAAAAAUGUGUGUUUUUUUGUACAAAAGAAUGUAAGUACAUGGAAGCUCUCAAAA